GCGAUUCGGUAGGUAAUCCCUGCCGGUUACGUGCAUCUCAGCAGCAAAAGCAGAAGGAUGGGUUUUACAUGCUAAUGCUUGUAUUUAUUUAUCCUUUUAAUAUAUGAUAUUAGGUCUGAGGUGUACCGAGAGCAUCGUAGUUUAAGGAUAAUCAUGAUGAUUGACGACUUCGAAACCCACGCGGCCCGAUCUAGCGGUGAUCUGUGGUCAGAGGUCUGCUCCAGUCUGCCAGAGCCUCGGGAACAGCAUGGAGGACAGUUCACAGACUCAUUUGAGCCUUCCUCUCCUGGCGACCCUCACACAGACUCCCCCAGAGCUGCUAACUUUAGCCCAUGGGAACCAAUGGCUGACUCUGAGGUUUACAUUGCUGGUUUAGAAAAUCGACUGAAGAGAAUCAAGGGACAGACAAGUGAAGUAACAUCAAGGGAAAUGUUGCGUUCUUUGUCCCAGGCUAAAAAGGAGUGCUGGGAUCGAUUCCUUCAUGAUGCCCAAACCUCAGAACUAUUCCAGGAGGGAAACUUUGAUCAGAGUGCUUUGGAGCAGUUCAAGCGCUGGCUGUCUCCUGAAAGAGUGGCCAUCAAUGCAGAAGAGCUGGAGUACCUUCUCCUGCCCACACAGAACAGCGAGACCCCUGCCAGCUCCAGCCAAACUGACAAACCCUGUGUGGAGGAGGAGGAAGAGUGCCCGAGUCCAGAGAAAUAAUGACCAUAUCACAGCACAACCUGUAUGCUGACCAGCAGUACAAGCGCAUAUUGUGAUCCAUUUAAUGGGAUAAUAUGUUUUACAGAAAUAAAUUAAGCUGGUGCUCGAUUCAAGAUGAAUUAUUGUACACAUUUUUGUUGGUAUAUGAAUAGAUCAAAUCUCUUUAUUGGAGAUAUUAUGCUUGCCAAGUAACAUAUUGUGUGGAUGGAGGAAGCCAGUUUGUUAUGAGAAAGUAUGUGUAUAAACAACAUCACUACGUCAUCAUGUAACAUUCCAUGUAUGUAUCAUCUGAUGCAUUUCUGUAUGUGUUGAUUUUUCUCCCGCCUGUAGUAUUAAAGGUGAUGCUGUUAUAAGCUAAACGGUGCAUCCAUGAAGACAGGAUUUCAUUCAAACAUUAGUAGAGAUCGUUAAGUGUAACAUACUUCAUGUCUUUAAUGAUGUUAGCAACUGUACACUUUAUUCUGAGAAGAUAAUAAAAUGACGAAGGAACCAUAA